AUGCAGGCACCACUUGCUUGUGAGAAUUUCCUCGCCUUGUGCGCCUCGGAUUACUACAAGGGAUGCAUUUUCCAUAGAAAUAUUAAGGGGUUUAUAGUUCAAACUGGUGAUCCGACAGGUAACUAA